AUGAAGAGAGAAGAAACAACCAUCGAGAGACGUCUAACCCAGCUGAAAACGCAUCUGAUCGGGUUUGACAAUGAUCAUGUUGAGAUUAAUUCAACAAGCAAUACCGAUCCUAACAGCAUUGUUUUUAAUGCCAGACCAAUAGAAAAUGAUGAUUUUGACAAGGGAUAUUUGCAAUUACUUUCGCAACUCACUUCUGUUGGUGAUAUUUCAAAGGAGGCUUUCACACAUCGUUUAUCAAAAAUGGACAACGAUGUUUAUAGAAUAGUCGUGAUUGAAGAUCCUACUUCAAAAAAGAUUGUUGCUGCAGCAACAGUUUUUGUGGAAUUGAAAUUUGUACACAAUUGUGGAAAAGUUGGCCAUAUCGAGGAUGUAGUUGUAGAUUCUUCUGUAAGAGGUCAGUAUUUGGGUGUUAAAGUCAUUGAGGCAUGUAAGCAAUUUGCCAAAGAAAAGGGUUGUUACAAAACCAUAUUGGACUGCUCUGAAAGGAAUGUUUCAUUCUAUGAGAGAUGUGGAUUUAAGAAAAAGGAAUUGCAAAUGAGAUUUGAUCACGAAUAA